GGCAAGGAAGGAAGAUUUUAAAAUUAAAGACAAAAAUAUCAAAACAACAAGGACAGAGGAAACACGCUGGUGCAAAGGUGAGAGAUUAAUUAAACAUCCAUCCAGAGCCAAAGUUAACUGAGCACAGGAUUUCAGUCACCAUGGUUACACUGGACUUCAGGACACUGACAGUGCCGGUGGGCAUUGUGCGGAUACUGGAGGUGAUCUUCACCUGUAUCUCCUUCAGCUUGGUGGCGUCGGUGGGCCACAGCACCAUGUCCUUCUGGACAUGGUGCAUGUUCACCUGGUGCUUCUGCUUCUGCGUCACCCUCCUCAUACUCCUGCUGGAAUUCACCAGUCUCAGCGCAAAGUUGCCCAUCUCCUGGGACGACUUCACCACCGCUUUUGCCAUGUUGGCUACUCUAAUGGUGCUGGCAGCAUCCAUCAUCUAUCCCACCUUCUACACUUGCGCUAGCUGUGGUAAACAGAUCGGUGCCACUGUUAUUUCCUGUCUGGCCUUCAUCCUAUAUGCCACUGAGGUCGGGCUGACCCGGGCCAAACCUGGUGAGAUAAGUGGAUUUCUGUCCACCAUCCCAGGCCUCCUCAAGGUUCUGGAGGCCUUCGUGGCCUGCAUCAUUUUCAUCUGCUUGGACUACAACCAGUUCUCUAAGCAUCCAGGACUCCAGUGGUGUGUCGCUGUCUACUCCAUCUGCUUCAUUUUUGCCAUACUUGUCAUCAUUUUUACCAUCUGCCGCCUCCUGUCUCUCUUCCCGGCACCAUUUGACAAAGUUCUGACAGGCUGCAAUGUGUUGGCAGUGCUGAUGUACAUCACAGCUGUGGUCAUCUGGCCGUUGUACAGCUUCCAGGACAAUCCCAGACCCAGCUCCUGCCAAAGAGGUUUUUGUUCAUGGGAUAAUUUAGUGGUUAUCUCUUUCAUGACCUGUGUCAACUUUGUUGCUUAUGUUGUGGAUACAGUUUAUUCUUUUAGAUUGGUCUUCUUCAUCACCAGAACAUAGGUUGCUAUACUUCCUGUUUCAGUU